AUGAACGCAGCAGCUCAAGGCUCCAAGGCUGCUCCGCCCAAGUUCAAGCAGAAGGAGACGAGACAGUUCAAGAGCAAGGCUCCUAAAGCUGGACAGAAGGGCUUUGACAAUGAUGUGCCGGGCAUGGAGGGUCUUGGAGACUCUGCAGUGAUCUGUCCCUGGGAGGCGUUUGGGGACAUGGAGCUCAGUGACCUGGCUCAGUUCGGCAUUGUGUAGAACUGUUUCAGCCUCUGAAUGACACCUGAAUAUAUAUUCUCCUGACGUCACAACAUCCAAACAUGAUUAUGAACAUUCCUGUUUUAAGAUGGCAAUAUUUAUUUGAGUAGAAAUUAAUAAUUGUACGUAAUAAAAUAAUAUAUAUUAUUACCUUUAUAGUAUGUUAGCUUUGGUAUCUUACAGUCAUGAAAUAAAUGUUUUCUUAUAAUGGAG